AUGUCCGGACAUCGUGCCUCAAUGCAAACGGACAUUAGAUCCAUUUCCACGCUGCAAACACGUGUGUUGAAACCUUCACCUCCAACCGAAGGCCUUCGAGCGCCCAGACCAAAAGAUUUGUACAGUUCCACCACAACUUUUUCGGUACCAACGCAACAACAUGGAAGCCUGGAAGAGCAACUUCGAUAUUUACUGCAUGCAAAGGACCAAACUGAUAGAUCUGUUAUUGAAAACGACGUGCAACAAGUUCUGGCAGAGCUGCAACGACGCCGGCGGAUGCGAAAAGCCGCUGCCCCGCCAAGUCGCGCCUCAUCGGCGUUGUCGGCUGCCGCUGCCCCGCGGCCGCACGUGUUGGCGCUGGUGCAGGCCUGUGAAGCCUCCACUGAAGCCGCCGCGGCGUCAAUCCUCAAGUCCUUUUGUAUGAACAACUGCACUCCCACUGGAAAAGACUCAGGACUCUCUUUAGUAACGGUGCCACUGGCAGAGUUUCUUCUGAAACAGAAGAACGCCCCCGGGGACAUAGAUGAUGCUUUGAAACUUCUUGACAGCGCCAUAGCAUCACGACACGCCGGGGCGAUGCUACAAGUGGGUCUCUGUCUGCGCGAUGGUGUAGGUGUCCCAAUUGAUUUAACUGCAGCUCUCACAUGGGUUGAACGUGCUGCGGAUUCGGGUUAUGCUCCCGCGAUGUACGAACUCGGGGUGAUGUAUGAAGAUGGUGUAGAAAUAGGUGGUAAAUGUCUACCAUCAGAUUGGGGUGAAGCACUGAGGUUGUACCGUGGUGCUGCAGAGUUGGGACACACGAUGGCGCAGUUGAACGUGGGGAAAUUACUUUGGCGGGCGGCAGAAGCGGCGGCUUCUAGGGCAGUGGGUGUGUGUGAUGAUAAUACAGUGGCUGAACUGCGAGGAAAGUCGCGUGAAUGGUUGGAAGCAGCCGCUGCAUCGGGUAGUGAAGAGGCCACACGGCUUCUCCGCUGUAAGUAA